AUUCCCGGGCACGGGAAGCCGGCGCCGUCGGUGCCUCGCUAAUUCGACUGGGAUGCGGCGGCGGGCGAGCGCCGGGAAAGGCGGGGUCGGCGCGAGCAGCGAGUUCUCCAAAAUUCUAUUUCUUCAAGGAGAAAUGUAAUAUUUUGUUUAAAAAGAGAUCGGCUGCUUUGUUUUUAAAAAAAGCGGCGUGCAGGGGUAGGUGGUCGGUGUUUUUUCCACCCUGCGGAAUGCCGAUCCAUCCCCUCGGGCCCGGCGGAGGCUGUAGGGGGCCGUUUUUCUCGCGCCGUGUUUAGCGGGAGGUGCCGCAGGUACCGCACACGUGAUGCGAACACACAUCGCCCUCGCCCCCGCUGCUGCGGGCACCGGGAGGGUUAAACCCCCUCCCUCUGCGCCCUCGGAGGGGUGAGUAAGGCGUGUGGAGUCUAAUGACACACACUGUAUCUCUCCCUUGCAGGCGUGGGUUGCUUGGUGGGGGCUACAAUGCAAAAAAGCAAUACGAGAUGAUGAGGCAGACGGCGCUCAGAUGGGUGUUAUGGAAGAAAAAGGCAGAUUCUCAUCCCCGUUUGUGUUGGGAAGUUCCGGAGCUAGUGUCGGUUAGCUGAUUUCGACAAUGGUGGACCACUGUGGGUUUUAGGCUUUUAUAAAGGUGAAAAUAGUGCAAGGAAAAUGAAAUAGCUGGAGAACUUAAAUAAAUUAUGGAGGCUAAUUAGCGCUGCUGGGGAGUGCAACAUAGCUACGGUAGAGAAGCGAAGGCAAAUCAAUGUUGGAUUGGGAGAAGAAGAAAUACUGCAAGCGUGCUGUGGAGAGCAACAACAUGGCCAGGAGACCCUUCCAGCAGCAUUGCUCAGGCUGGAGCGUGGAAUGAUUCCUGCAAAAUGCUAAAGGCUGGGUGUUUUUUAUUUUCCUUAUUUAAUCUUCAGAAUUUAAAUUCCAAACCUGCGCCUGGGAACAUCCAUUCCUAAGGCAUGAAUUAAAAGGAAAAAGGAGCUGGCGUAAUAAGUACCUUUUGGUGAGAAUGUUUUGAAGAGGAUUUGCUGGCUACAGUCACAUGAGGCUGUGCGGACUUGCAGUGAAUGGAGGAGGACACUUCUUGCUAAAGAUUUAACUUGUCUAAAGAUAUCAAGUGUUUGCAAUAAACCAAGUGGAACAGGAUCGCCAUGUUUCGAAACAGUCUCAAGAUGCUUCUUACAGGAGGGAAGUCAAACCGCAAAAACAGGUCCAGUGAUGGAGGGAACGAGGAGCCACCAGACCGAAGACAGGCAAGUGUAGACUCCCGUCAGAGCCGAGCUGGGCAAGGCACCUCCACAGAGAACGACUGUGCUUUUGAACCUGACUACGCUAUUCCGCCACUCCCAGUGACCGAAGGUAUGCAGCACAUUCGGAUAAUGGAGGGCAUGUCCCGCUCCCUUCCAUCCUCCCCCUUACUCACACAUCAGUCUAUCAGUGUUCGGCUCCAACCUGUGAAGAAGUUAACUGCCCCUCUGAGGAAAGCAAAGUUUGUUGAGAGCCCUCGAAUCCCAGAGUCCGAGCUUGGCUCCCCAACCCUCUCUGCCCAGAAGCUGGAUGUUGAUGCAUUCUGCCCUGGUGAUACUGAGCAAGAGCUGGGACCCCCUCCAUCCGUAGAUGAGGCAGCGAACACACUCAUGACUCGCCUGGGCUUCCUCCUCGGAGAGAAAGUCACGGAGGUUCAGCCAGGGCCCCAGUACAGCAUGGAGGUGCAGGACGAGAACCAGAGCUCAGCGGUGACGCAGCGCAUCAGCCCCUGCUCCACCCUGACGAGCAGCACGGCCUCGCCACCCGCCAGCAGCCCCUGCUCCACCCUGCCCCCUGUCAGUGCCAGCGUCACGGCCAAGGACUGCACCUAUGGGGCCGUCACCAGCCCCACAUCCACGCUGGAGAGCAGAGACAGCGGCAUCAUCGCUACAUUGACAAGUUACUCUGAAAAUGUGGAACGAACUAAAUACGGAGGGGAAAGCAGUAAGGAACUUGGAUCUGGGGGAAACCUGAAACAGUGGCAAUCCCAGAAAUCCAGCAUGGACUCCUGCCUGUACCGCGUGGAUGAGAACAUGUCGGCCUCCACCUACAGCCUCAACAAAAUCCCCGAGAGGAACUUGGAGACAGUCCUGUCUCAGUCAGUGCAGUCAAUUCCCCUGUACCUUAUGCCACGGCCAAAUUCAGUAGCAGCCACCAGCUCAGCCCACCUGGAAGAUCUGGCUUACCUGGACGAGCAGAGACACACUCCCCUGCGCACGUCGCUGCGGAUGCCGCGGCAGAGCGUGGCCAGCGCCCGGGCACAGCAGGACCUGCGAGUGCGCUUCGCGCCCUACAGACCCCCUGACAUCUCCCUGAAGCCGCUGCUCUUCGAGGUGCCCAGCAUCACCACCGAGUCCGUGUUCGUGGGCCGGGACUGGGUGUUCCACGAGAUCGAUGCGCAGCUGCAGAGCUCCAACGCCAGCGUCAACCGCGGCGUGGUGAUCGUCGGGAACAUCGGCUUUGGCAAAACCGCCAUCAUCUCCAGGCUGGUCGCGCUCAGCUGCCACGGCACGAGGAUGAGGCAGAUUGCUUCAGAUAGCCCCCACGCCUCUCCAAAACAUGUGGAUGCCAGCCGAGAGCUGCCCCUGGCGCAGCCGCCGUCGGCGCACGCGUCCAUCGCCAGCGGGAGCUGCCCGGGCACACCCGAGAUGCGCCGGCGCCAGGAGGAGGCCAUGCGGAGAUUGGCCUCGCAGGUCGUAGCUUACCACUACUGCCAGGCUGACAACGCCUACACCUGCCUGGUGCCCGAGUUUGUGCACAACGUGGCCGCCCUGCUCUGCCGCUCGCCGCAGUUCGUGGCGUACCGGGAGCAGCUGCUGCGCGAGCCGCACCUGCAGAGCCUGCUCAGCCUCCGCUCCUGCGUGCAGGACCCCAUGGCCUCCUUCCGCAGGGGGGUCCUGGAGCCCCUGGAGAGCCUGCACAAAGAGAGGAAGAUCCCUGAUGAAGAUUUCAUUAUAUUAAUUGAUGGUUUAAAUGAAGCUGAGUUUCACAAGCCAGAUUAUGGAGACACCAUAGUAUCAUUCCUGAGCAAAAUGAUUGGAAAAUUCCCUUCCUGGCUGAAGCUGGUAGUGACAGUCAGGACAAGUCUACAGGAAAUAAUAAAGCUGUUGCCCUUCCACAGAAUAUUUUUGGAUAGACUGGAAGAGAACGAAGCCAUUGACCAGGACCUGCAGGCAUACAUCCUUCACCGGAUACACAGCAGCUCGGAGAUCCAGAACAACAUCUCUCUCAACGGCAAAAUGGACAACACUACGUUUGGCAAACUCAGUUCUCACCUCAAGACCUUGAGCCAAGGGUCCUACCUAUACCUGAAACUUACUUUUGAUCUCAUAGAGAAAGGAUACCUAGUUCUAAAAAGCUCCAGCUACAAAGUGGUCCCAGUGUCCCUGUCCGAAGUGUACCUGUUGCAGUGCAAUAUGAAGUUCCCAACACAGUCUUCCUUUGAUCGUGUCAUGCCUCUCUUGAACGUAGCAGUGGCUUCUCUGCACCCAUUAACAGAUGAACAUAUUUUUCAGGCCAUUAAUGCAGGUAACAUUGAGGGCACUUUGGAGUGGGAGGACUUUCAGCAGAGGAUGGAGAACCUUUCUAUGUUUCUUAUCAAACGUAGAGACAUGACGCGAAUGUUUGUUCAUCCCUCUUUCCGAGAAUGGCUUAUUUGGAGAGAAGAAGGUGAAAAAACCAAGUUUCUUUGUGAUCCAAGGAGUGGCCACACACUACUUGCCUUCUGGUUUUCUCGACAAGAAGGAAAAUUAAAUAGACAGCAGACUAUUGAACUGGGACAUCACAUUCUCAAGGCACAUAUUUUUAAGGGUCUGAGUAAAAAAGUUGGGGUAUCUUCCUCCAUCCUGCAAGGGCUUUGGAUCUCCUACAGUACUGAAGGUCUUUCAAUGGCUUUGGCAUCUCUGAGAAAUCUCUACACCCCAAACAUAAAGGUCAGUCGGCUGCUGAUUUUAGGAGGUGCAAAUGUGAAUUAUCGGACGGAAGUUCUGAACAACGCCCCCAUUUUGUGUGUCCAAUCUCACCUGGGCUACGCAGAGAUGGUGGCUUUGCUCCUGGAGUUUGGGGCCAACGUUGAUGCCACUUCUGAGAGUGGCCUGACCCCGCUGGGCUACGCCGCUGCCGCUGGCUUCCUGAGCAUCGUGGUGCUGCUGUGCAAGAAACGGGCCAAGGUGGAUCAUUUGGACAAAAAUGGGCAGUGUGCCCUGGUCCAUGCCGCUCUCAGGGGACACUUGGAGGUGGUGAAGUUCUUGAUCCAGUGUGACUGGAGCAUGGCUGGACAGCAGCAGGGAGUGUUCAAGAAGAGCCACGCGAUCCAGCAGGCCCUGAUCGCUGCUGCCAGCAUGGGCUACACCGAGAUUGUCUCCUACCUGCUCGAUCUUCCAGAAAAAGAUGAAGAGGAGGUGGAGAGAGCACAGAUCAACAGCUUUGACAGCCUCUGGGGAGAGACAGCUCUGACGGCAGCGGCGGGGCGCGGGAAGCUGGAGGUGUGCAGGCUGCUCCUGGAGCAGGGCGCCGCGGUGGCGCAGCCCAACCGCCGCGGCGUCGUGCCGCUCUUCAGCGCCGUCAGACAGGGACACUGGCAGAUCGUGGAUCUCCUGCUGACGCACGGCGCUGAUGUGAACAUGGCAGACAAGCAGGGCCGCACGCCGCUGAUGAUGGCCGCAUCCGAGGGACAUCUGGGCACCGUGGAGUUCCUGCUUGCACAAGGUGCCUCCAUUUCUCUGAUGGACAAAGAGGGCUUGACAGCCCUCAGCUGGGCCUGUCUGAAGGGUCACCUGCCCGUGGUGCGUUCCCUGGUGGAGAACGGAGCUGCCACGGACCAUGCGGACAAGAACGGCCGCACGCCGCUGGACCUGGCCGCGUUCUACGGCGAUGCUGAGGUGGUUCAGUUCCUGGUGGACCAUGGGGCCAUGAUUGAGCACGUUGACUACAGCGGGAUGCGGCCCCUCGACAGAGCAGUGGGCUGCCGCAACACCUCGGUUGUCGUCACCCUCCUGAAGAAAGGAGCAAAGAUAGGUUGUCAGACGUUACCGAGUCGCCCACGAGGUCCAGCAACUUGGGCAAUGGCAACCUCCAAACCAGACAUCAUGAUCAUCCUGUUGAGCAAGCUGAUGGAGGAGGGAGACAUGUUUUAUAAGAAAGGUAAAGUGAAAGAGGCUGCCCAGCGCUACCAGUAUGCUCUGAAAAAAUUCCCCAGAGAAGGGUUUGGAGAAGACCUGAAAACCUUCCGUGAGCUGAAGGUGUCACUGCUUCUCAACCUAUCCCGGUGUCGAAGGAAAAUGAAUGAUUUUGGAAUGGCAGAGGAAUUUGCCACUAAAGCACUGGAGCUGAAACCGAAGUCUUAUGAAGCUUACUAUGCAAGAGCAAGGGCCAAACGCAGCAGCAGGCAGUUUUCAGCAGCCCUGGAGGACCUGAAUGAGGCCAUCAAGCUGUGCCCUAACAACCGUGAGAUCCAGCGGCUGCUGAUGCGAGUGGAGGAGGAGUGCAGGCAGGUGCAGCAGCAGCAGCAACAGCAGCAACAGCAGCAACAGCAGCAGCAGCAGCAACAGCAGCAGCAGCAGCAGCAGCAGCAACCAUCACCUCCACUCCCAGUGGAGCCAGAACCCGAAGCCCAGCAUGAAGAGCUGUAUUCUGUGCAAGAUAUCUUUGAGGAGGAAUACCUCGAGCAGGAUGUAGAAAAUAUUUCCAUUGGCUUACAGACAGAGUCCAGGCCAAACCAAGGGCUGCCCAUCAUCCAGAGCCCACCUCCAUCUCCAGCUCACAGGGACUCUGCCUACAUUUCCGGCUCACCUCUUGGCUCUCAUCAGGUCUUUGAUUUCAGGUCCAACAGCUCUGUGGGUUCACCGACCAGGCAGGGGUACCAGUCCACAUCUCCUGCUCUAUCUCCGACACACCAAAACUCACAUUACAGACCCAGUCCUCCACACACAUCCCCAGCUCACCAGGGCUCCACUUACCGCUUCAGCCCCCCUCCCGUGGGAAGCCAGGGGAAGGAGUACCAGAGCCCGCCGCCGUCUCCGCUGCGCAGAGGCCCCCAGUACCGCGCCAGUCCCCCCGCGGAGAGCAUGAGCGUUUAUCGCUCCCAGUCCGGCUCCCCGGUCCGCUACCAGCAGGAGCCCAGCGGGGUCUCCCAGCUUCCUGGCAGACCCAAGUCUCCGCUCUCCAAGAUGACGCAGAGAUCCUUCCAGAUGCCCCAGCUCCCCGUGGCCGUGCCACAGCCAGGGCUGCGGCUGCAGCCAGCCAAGGCGCAGAUCGUGAGGAGCAAUCAGCCCAGCUCUGCCGUCCAUUCCAGUACUGUCAUCCCAACCGGUGCCUACAGCCAGGUUGCCCACUCGAUGGCCAGCAAGUACCAGUCGUCCUCAGGGGACAUGGGGGUCAGCCAGAGCCGGCUGGUCUACCAGGGUUCCAUUGGGGGCAUCGUGGGCGACAGCAGGCCCGUGCAGCACGUGCAGGCAAGCCUCAGCGCGGGAGCCAUCUGUCAGCAUGGAGGGCUGGCCAAAGAAGACCUUCCACAGAGACCAUCCUCAGCUUACAGAGGGGGGAUGAGGUACGGCCAGACACCUCAGAUUGGGCGAAGCCAGUCUGCCUCCUACUAUCCAGUGUGCCAUUCAAAACUUGACCUGGAGCGUUCUUCCCUCCCUGCCAACCAGCUGGGCUCUCCAGAUGUGUCUCACCUCAUAAGAAGGCCCAUCACAGUCAAUCCCAGCGAAAUCAAGCCUCACCCACCGACUCCAAGGCCUCUACUCCACUCUCAGAGCGUUGGCCUCCGCUUCUCCCCUUCCAGCAACAGCAUCUCCUCCACGUCCAACCUGACUCCCAACUUUCGCCCCUCUGCUUCGAUUCAGCAAAUGGAGAUUCCCCUCAAGCCAGCCUAUGACAGAUCGUGCGAUGAGCUGUCUCCAGUCUCGCCCACGCAGGGGGGCUACCCCAGUGAGCCAGCCCGUUCCCGGACCACGCCGUUCAUGGGAAUCAUAGAUAAAACUGCUCGGACUCAGCAGUACCCCCACCUCCAUCAGCAGAACCGGACCUGGGCUGUGUCAUCAGUGGACACUGUCAUUAGUCCUACAUCACCUGGCAAUCUGCCCCAGCCGGAAUCCUUUAGCCCACCCUCUUCAAUCAGCAACAUUGCCUUUUAUAACAAAACCAACAAUGCACAGAAUGGCCAUUUGCUAGAGGAAGACUAUUACAGCCCCCAUGGGAUGCUGGCCAAUGGGUCCCGGGGAGACCUCCUGGAGAGAGUCACCCAAGCCUCCUCAUACCCCGACGUCAAGGUGGCAAGGACGCUGCCCGUGGCGCAGGCCUACCAGGAUAACCUGUACAGGCAGCUCUCCAGGGACUCCAGGCAAGGGCAGACGUCCCCAAUCAAACCAAAGAGACCAUUUGUGGAGUCUAAUGUGUAAAAGAUACUUGUUGGAGUGAGACCCUCAUGUUUUCAGCACACACUUCCAAGCUUGAUUUCCAUGCAUACUAUUAUAAUUAUUAUUAUUACUAUUAUUAUUUUUAUUUCUCUUUGAUAGCUACAUGAUCAAGUUUCUCCGGUACUUUAUGUGGUGGUCAGACAGCCAUGCACGUGCUCCAGCCCUUUCGUUCCCCAGCUGACUGUGAAGCCAGCAUCAGCCGAGCCAGUAUCAUUUGCCCAAUUCCAGCAAAGUUCCAACCAGGAUAUCUUAGUCCAUGGUGUGGGGUGGUCCAGAGAUAUCCCUACGCAGCAGGAGGUAACCAGCUCUUUUUCAAGCAACAAUUGCCUUGGAUUUAAAUUGGUUUCUUUUGUUUCAAUGAUCUCUUACUCAACUCUAAUGGGAAUUCCUAGGGAGUUCCACAGGAGCCUUUCCCAAGGCUGCAUCCCCAGGUCACCGUGCCAGCCCUCAGCGAUCCGAUUUAACACCAGUAGCUGUGCACAGCACCCACAGUACCCAUUCUGAUUCUGCUGGCUUACAGCACUUUCCUUCCUUAUUUAACUUGUCACUGGCCAGAAUAGGUGGGGAUCACACAGCACUUUGCCGCUUUCCAAGUACCUCCCGGGUGCCCUCACACUAAUUUCUUUGCUCUGGGGCAUUUUACAAGCAUUGAAGGUGUAAGGUUGGCCCUUUGUUAUGUGUUUUAAUCAGCCAAGAGAAUUGGCCAGGAGCCUCUUGUGCAUGAGCUGGGGUUGCACUAACUUCUUCACAUGUUGGCAGACUUCACCUCACCCACAGCAUUUGCAUGGGUCAAGUCAGUGUGGGGCUUCAUCUAGGGGGGAUUUAUCACUUGCAAGGAAGAGCAAAAAUCUGACUUAGGAAAUGGUAUUCAAAGAAGAAAAUUGCAAUUCUUAAAAUCUUUCCACAGUUUUUUAUGAUGAGGAUGUAGAACAUGGCAUGAUGGUCCCAAAAAAGGAAGGGUCCUUCUGCAGUCUCAACCCUGCAGCAUCCCUUCCCUCUGGCUCAGUCCUGCCAGGGAGCAGGGGCUGUAGCAAGGGCUAUGCUCCUCUGAGAUCCUCUCUUCCCAAAAUCCUGGAAAGGGACACCAUGUUCCAUAUCUGUACAUGGUAGAGACCAUGUGCUGCUUUUUGAGAAGCUGUAGUUCAGAGAGACCUAUUUAUAAUUUAUUUAUGUUAUCUAUUUCAGGACAUUUUUCAGUUCAGGUUAUUUUUUUUUUUCCUGUUAUUUUCAGUUUUGUAAUCAAAUGAAAGUCACAUAAAGACAAUGUGAAAAGCAGGGGCCGGUUCCAAAAUCCUUUUUAAUCGGCUUUUCAAUAAUUUUUCAGUUAUUUGCUGAAAAUUUCUCUUGAGGUGGGGGGAAGAACUUCCUUUACUAAUUCCUUUAUUCCUGGUGGGUUUGUAAUCUGCCUUUUGUGUUCUGAGGGUGAAGGGUGGGAUGAUGGGGAGAGUGUUAACGCUGUAGCUUGUUUUAAAGCAAACUAGUGCCUGUUGCCCGAUGCCAAACCUCACUCAUAUCAACUCUUGGGAGUAGUUCAGUGCUGAGCAGGGGAGCAAUACCUCCAAAGGGCUACUGCGAAUCGAUUGCAAGACUUCUUGAACCAAAUCACGGGCUCCAACCUCUGCUGGCGUGAGUGAGCAUAUCCCAGCAACACAUCACUGCAGCUGUACCCUUUCACACCAGCUCAGGACAGGGUCCUAAAGCAAACCCUGGCUUUGAUGGGGCAUUUCUUUUCCCUGUGUGGCUCAGCACAUCUCAUUGCUAUUUCAUUGCCUAACUUGCUCAGAGCAAGCUGGGACAUGCACACCUUGGGCCAGGGGAGGCUUGUGUCUCAUAGACACAUGGAGAAUAUUUGGAAGGGGGGGUUCCUCUAUGAGUUUUGGCAAUUUUGGGGGGCCCCAGGGACCAUUUGGUCUUUGUCAAAGCCAGUAUUUGGAUUGAGGUGUAUUUUCUUCCUUGAGAUGCAACCUAGUGCUGACUGUGUUUUAUCCCAGGAGUCUGUAAGAUGGGGGGCUGGCUGGGACCCCUUUGAUGGUGGGUACCCCGUGGGGACACUCAGCUCUGUGCAUGGCUUCUCUCCUUGAAAAUGGGCUGUGAUGGUUUUCUUUCUUCCUCUCAUUUCUGAAAUAACAUGCUCUGUGUUGUAAGGAAUAACUGAUUUCUCCUCCACAUCCCACAUGCCCAUAGCUGAGAGACGUAUCCUGAGUCUGGAGCAGCAUCAGUCACUUUGCUUAGUGCCUCCCAUCCUCCAGCUUUCUGCCUGAGUGAGUGGCUUCCUACCUAUGGCUGCUUCUUUGAAAGGAAAAGGUAACCCAUUUCAGCCCUGUCCCUGUGUUGUCCGGCCGGGUGAGACGCCGCCGGCGCUCCUCUCCCUGCCACGCCAGGGUGGUGCAGGGGCAGUGGAGGAGCCCUGCCCACGUUCUGCUUCCACUACUCACUGGCCUGUGCUCCCAGUCCUGUCCUUCAGAACAUCCCCCCACACCACUCCUGUGUGUAACUUCCCAGUUUCUGAAGAUGUUUUAAGGGAAAAAGAAAACAGCUCACGCUUUUAACACAACCACAAAGCUGAAGAAGGCCUGAAACACUGCAGCAUGCAGAUUUUUUCACGAUUCCACGUGUUACAUUUUCCACAGGAUUCUUGCACUAAUGGUUUUCCAUCUGUUCUCUCUGUAAAUGGGUGCACUUUACUGUUUGAAUUUGUUACUAUGAUAAAUACUGGAUAUUUAAGCGUGAGUAGUGUCUUCAUUAGAAAAAUAGCAAAACAGCUCAUGUCUCAGUGUAUUUUUCAAAACAAAA